UAUUGGUCGGUUCAAAGUUCGUGCGGCGGUCAGUCACCUUCAGCUUGUGUUAACGUUUGCCGUCAGUGCUCCUUUUUGUCACGACCAAGACGAGCACAGCGAAGAAAAGAAGCCAAUUACCAUGACAACUGAAUACCAUGAUGAUGUAGAAGAGGACAGCAGAUCCUUCUGGACCAAAGACCCCCCCCGUGUCCCUCGCUCAGGUGCAUCCAUGCUCAGGCGCUGCUUGUUUCCUGUUCUGACCGCAGCAGCCAUCUUGGUUCUGACUAUUGUACUGGGAGCCAGCUACUCCAGUUUGUCAAGCCGUUUAUGGUCAGUAGAGAAAAAUAUUUCCAACGUCAGCCAAUCACUGCAGAGCAUCCAGCAGCUCGCCAAAGACGGCGCCAAAGACGUGGAGCGGCUGAAAUUUGCCAUAGAGAACAACAAAGAAGAAAUCAGCUCAGCCUCGGAGGCUCUGAAGCAGCUUUCCGCUCUAGACACCAUCAGCAGGACGGUAGCGUCACUCAAAUGCUCCAUGGAACGCAUCAUCAACAAUGGUUCCACGAAGGAUGGCUGCUGUCCUGUUGGCUGGCAGAGCUCCCAUUCCAGCUGUUACUUCUUCAGCCGCAACCUCCUGACAUGGCAUGACGCAAGAGACUGGUGCAACGGGCAUGAGUCGCACUUGGCCAUUUUGCUGUCUGACUCUGAGUGGGACUUUAUCCACCAACGCAUGUCGGGCCUUUUCCACUGGAUUGGACUGAGCGAUGAGAGGACGGGGAAGUGGGAGUGGGUCAAUCAUACACCUUACGUCAUGAAUCGCAGGCACUGGCGACCCGGUCAGCCUGACAGCUGGACCCAUCAUGGCCUCGGACCCGGAGACGAGGACUGCGCUCAUGUACAUAACGACGGCCGCCUCAAUGACCUACACUGCUCCAGUAAGCUGAACUUCAUCUGUCAGCGACACAGCACUUGACCACGCCUCUUCGACUGACCCAACCCCCGCCCUCUUAAACCACACCUGGCCACACCCCUUUCACUCAUAACCCCUGGAUACCCCAUAACCUGGUCACUUUACCACGCCUUCACCCACCGACCCAUGCACCGGACCACGCCACUUCAUCCACCCGUAUGUCCACCCGCUUGAGUGCACCCGCAGCCUGACCAAACGCAGACAAUAAAAAGAUAAACAA